AUGGCCAGGCCGCAGCCACCACCCUGGGUCCACGCAGCCGUCCUCCUCUGCCUCCUCGGCCUUGGCGGGGCCAUCGAGAUUCCUAUGGAUCCCAGCAUUCAGAACGAGCUGUCCCAGCCCCCGACCAUCACCAAGCAGUCCGUGAAGGACCACAUUGUGGAUCCCCGCGAUAACAUCCUGAUCGAGUGCGAAGCAAAGGGGAACCCGGCCCCCAGCUUCCACUGGACUCGGAACAGCAGGUUCUUCAAUGUCGCCAAGGACCCCCGGGUGUCGAUGAGGAGGCGGUCCGGGACCCUGGUGAUCGACUUCCGCAGCGGAGGGCGGCCAGAGGAGUACGAGGGCGAGUACCAGUGCUUCGCCCGCAACAAAUUCGGCACAGCCCUGUCCAAUAGGAUCCGCCUGCAGGUGUCCAAAUCUCCCCUGUGGCCCAAGGAGAAUCUAGACCCCGUGGUGGUUCAAGAAGGCGCCCCCUUGACACUCCAGUGCAACCCGCCGCCCGGACUUCCGUCCCCCGUCAUCUUCUGGAUGAGCAGCUCCAUGGAGCCCAUCACCCAAGACAAGCGGGUCUCCCAGGGCCAUAACGGGGACCUGUAUUUCUCUAACGUGAUGGUGCAGGACAUGCAGACCGACUACAGCUGCAACGCCCGCUUCCACUUCACUCACACCAUCCAGCAGAAGAACCCAUUCACCCUCAAGGUCCUCACCACCCGAGGAGUUGCAGAAAGAACGCCCAGCUUCAUGUACCCGCAGGGCACCGCGAGCAGUCAGAUGGUGCUGCGCGGCAUGGACCUGCUGCUGGAGUGCAUCGCCUCCGGGGUCCCAACCCCAGACAUCGCCUGGUACAAGAAAGGUGGGGACCUCCCGGCGGACAAGGCCAAGUUUGAGAACUUCAACAAGGCGCUGCGCAUCGGCAGCGUGUCUGAGGAGGACUCGGGGGAGUACUUCUGCCUGGCCUCCAACAAGAUGGGCAGCAUCCGGCACACGAUCUCGGUGAGAGUAAAGGCUGCUCCCUACUGGCUGGACGAGCCCAAGAACCUUAUCCUGGCUCCUGGCGAGGAUGGGAGGCUGGUGUGUCGAGCCAAUGGGAACCCGAAGCCCACUGUCCAGUGGAUGGUGAAUGGGGAACCUUUGCAAUCGGCACCACCCAACCCAAACCGAGAGGUGGCCGGGGACACCAUCAUCUUCCGGGACACGCAGAUCAGCAGCAGGGCCGUGUACCAGUGCAACACCUCCAACGAGCACGGCUACCUGCUGGCCAACGCCUUCGUCAGCGUGCUGGACGUGCCGCCUCGCAUGAUGUCGCCACGGAACCAGCUCAUUCGGGUGAUCCUGUACAACCGCACACGGCUGGACUGUCCCUUCUUCGGGUCCCCCAUCCCCACACUCCGAUGGUUUAAGAAUGGGCAAGGGAGCAACCUGGAUGGUGGCAACUACCACGUCUACGAGAACGGCAGCCUGGAGAUCAAGAUGAUCCGCAAAGAGGACCAAGGCAUCUACACCUGUGUCGCCACCAACAUCCUGGGCAAAGCCGAAAACCAGGUCCGCCUGGAGGUCAAAGACCCCACCCGGAUCUUCCGGAUGCCUGAGGACCAGGCUGUCAAACGGGGCACCACCGUGCAGCUGGAGUGUCGGGUCAAGCACGACCCCUCCCUGAAGCUCACGGUCUCCUGGCUGAAGGACGACCAGCCGCUCUACAUCGGGAACAGGAUGAAGAAGGAGGACGACUCCCUGACCAUCUUCGGUGUGGCCGAGCGGGACCAGGGCAGCUACACGUGCGUCGCCAGCACGGAGCUGGACCAAGACCGGGCCAAGGCCUACCUCACCGUGCUAGCUGAUCAGACCACUCCAACUAACCGUUUGGCUGCCCUCCCCAAAGGACGGCCGGACAGACCCCGGGACCUGGAGCUCACCGACCUGGCCGAGAGGAGUGUGAGGCUGACCUGGAUCCCAGGGGACGAUAACAACAGCCCCAUCACAGACUAUGUGGUCCAGUUCGAAGAGGACCAGUUCCAGCCGGGGGUCUGGCACGACCAUUCCAAGUUCCCAGGCAGCGUCAACUCGGCCGUCCUGCAGCUGUCCCCGUACGUCAACUACCAGUUCCGGGUCAUUGCUGUCAACGAGGUCGGCAGCAGCCACCCCAGCCUCCCGUCCGAGCGCUACAGAACCAGCGGGGCCCCCCCUGAGUCCAAUCCCAGCGACGUGAAAGGAGAGGGGACCAGAAAGAACAACAUGGAGAUCACAUGGACGCCCAUGAAUGCCACCUCCGCCUUUGGCCCCAACCUGCGCUACAUCGUCAAGUGGCGGCGGAGAGAGACUCGAGAGACCUGGAACAACGCCACCGUGUGGGGCUCCCGCUACGUGGUAGGGCAGACCCCUGUCUACGUGCCCUAUGAGAUCCGAGUGCAGGCCGAGAAUGACUUUGGGAAGGGCCCUGAGCCAGACACGGUCAUCGGUUACUCUGGAGAAGAUUAUCCCAGGGCUGCACCCACUGACGUUAAAAUCCGAGUCCUGAACAGCACAGCCAUCAGCCUUCAGUGGAACCGCGUCUACUCCGACACGGUGCAGGGCCAGCUCAGAGAGUACCGAGCCUACUACUGGCGGGAGAGCAGCUUACUGAAGAGCCUGUGGGUGUCUCAGAAGAGACAGCAAGCCGGCUUCCCUGGUGACCGCCUCCGGGGCGUGGUGUCCCGCCUCUUUCCCUACAGCAACUACAAGCUGGAGAUGGUUGUGGUCAAUGGGAGAGGCGAUGGGCCUCGCAGUGAAACCAAGGAGUUCACCACCCCGGAAGGAGUACCCAGCGCCCCCAGGCGCUUCCGAGUCCGGCAGCCCAACCUGCAGACAAUCAACCUGGAGUGGGACCACCCGGAACACCCCAACGGCAUCCUGACUGGAUAUUCUCUCCGAUACGUGCCCUUUAAUGGAACCAAACUAGGAAAGCAGAUGGUGGAGAACUUCUCUCCCAACCAGACCAAGUUCACGGUGCAGAGAGCAGACCCCGUGUCACGCUACCGCUUCACCCUGAGUGCCAGGACGCAGGUGGGCUCUGGGGAGGCAGUCACGGAGGAGUCGCCGGCAUCCCCGAAUGAAGCUACUCCAACCGCAGCUCCUCCCACGUUGCCCCCGACCACGGUGGGUGCCACGGGCGCCGUGAGCAGUACCGAUGCUACUGCCACUGCUGCCGCCACCGAAGCCACAACAGUCCCCAUCAUCCCAACUGUCGCACCUACCACCAUCGCCACCACCGUCGCCACAACUACCACCACCACUGCCGCCGCCACCAUGGAGAGUCCUCCCACCACCGGGAUUAAGACACAUGAAUCCGCCCCCGCUGAGCAGUCCAUAUGGAACAUCACGGUGCUCCCCAACAGUAAAUGGGCCAACGUCACCUGGAAGCACAAUCUCGGGCCCGGAACUGACUUUGUGGUUGAGUACAUUGACAGCAACCAUACGAAAAAAACUGUCCCUGUUAAGGCCCAGGCCCAGCCUAUACAGCUGACAGACCUCUAUCCCGGGAUGACAUACACAUUGCGAGUUUAUUCCCGGGACAACGAGGGCAUCAGCAGUACCAUCAUCACCUUUGUGACAGCUUACACCAACAACCGGGCCGACAUCGCCACCCAGGGCUGGUUCAUUGGGCUCAUGUGCGCCAUAGCCCUCCUGGUGCUGAUCCUGCUCAUCGUCUGUUUCAUCAAGAGGAGCCGUGGUGGCAAGUACCCAGUGCGAGAAAAGAAGGAUGUUCCCCUUGGCCCCGAAGACCCCAAAGAAGAGGAUGGCUCAUUCGACUACAGUGACGAGGACAACAAGCCCCUGCAGGGGAGCCAGACGUCGCUGGACGGCACCAUCAAGCAGCAGGAGAGUGACGACAGCCUGGUGGACUAUGGCGAGGGCGGCGAGGGCCAGUUCAACGAGGACGGCUCCUUCAUCGGCCAGUACACGGUCAAAAAGGACAAGGAGGAGACCGAAGGCAACGAGAGCUCGGAGGCCACGUCGCCCGUCAACGCCAUCUACUCUCUGGCCUAGCGGAGCCCAGGCACAGCCACUGCUUUCCAAGUGGGGGGAGAGGCGCGGGGGCGACAGAGCCGCCGCUACCCUCAUGGACAAGGGUACAACCAUGUGGGGGUCUGCCAAGCUGUGAGGACUACUGACCACCCAGCCAACCAUAAGCCCCCUCCCAAUGACCCACACACCAGGUGCCAUCGGUCGGGGAGAGCUCGAGCCACGGCCGAGCUCAGCUGGAGGGCACCCGGGCCCCUGCUCAGCCUCACAGCCGCCCUGAGCCUUCCCCCCGCACUGCCUGCCCUUGACCUCGGCAUACACUCACCACUCCCUGUCGGUUCUGGUACUUUUCAU